GCAGAUAUAAAAUGAGCGGGGUUGUGGAUGAAUGGAAUGAAGGCCUUUCCACGAGGGCCCUUCAGAAGAUUCCAGAGCUUGAAAGUCAACUAGACAAGCUUAAAAAAGAACGACAGCAAAGACAGUUUCAGCUUGAAUCGCUGGAGGCAGCUUUGCAAAAGCAGAAGCAGAAGGUUGAAAAUGAAAAAAAUGAUGGAGCAACACUAAAAAGAGAUAACCAGAGCUUGAUGGAAUUGUGUGAUAAUCUUGAGAAAAUGAAGCAGAAAAUUUUACAUGAUCUUCAAGUAAAAGAAUCACAAGUUAAUUAUCAAGCGGGACAACUAACUUCAAGCAAGAAACAAAUUGAAAGAGUAGAACAGGAACUUAAAAGAUACAAAUCUGAACUUGAGAGAAGUCAGCAAACAUUGAUUACAGGAGACUUAUCAUUCAGGAGUAUACCACAGAAGAAUUUUUCUGUUCCUUUAACACCAAAUAAAAAUCACAGUGGGAAGGAUGAUUACGAGACCUGGAGGGAUUUUACAGUGCCACUUGUCCAAGAGUGGGAAUGCUCUGAUGUUGAGAAGUGGAAACGUGUGCUUGAGAGUCUGAAGGGACCUGCCAUGCGACUUAUCCGAGCCCUUAAAGACUCACAACCAGCUGCCACAGUGCAAGACUAUUUAACCGCUCUUGAAAGUGUCUACGGUGCUACUGAUAGCAGUGAAGACCUGUAUUAUCGUUUCCGCCAGACCUAUCAAGAGCCCCAUGAACGAUUGUCGGAUUUUAUCAGGAGACUAGAGGAUUUGCUACAGCAGGUAAGGCAGAAGGAGGACAUCUCCAUCAAGCGCAUUGAUUCUGCUAGGUUGGAUCAAUCCUUUGGGGCACCCGACAAGAUGGGUUGA